AGCCAAUUAAACAUCUUUUGUUCAUAAAUUACCCAGUUUCAGGUAGCAUCUUUAUAGCAGUAUGAAAACGGACUAAUACACAAGCUAUAGUUUGCCAGACCCCAGUUCCCUUCAUCCAGUCAAGCAAGCGUGUAUCAAGUACUUCUUUAGGGGAGGGCCCUGGAAAUAUGAUGAUGGAUAACAUAAGCUCUCAGUACUUAACAAGCUUGCAGAACUGGGAAGUUGGGAGAUGAGACUAGGAAAAAUGGGUCGACCCCUCCUUCCUGUUCUGCUGCUCUCUUGAACCCCACUUAGCGUUUCUUCUUUCCGAGCUUAGACAGAUUGUAAAUGAAUUCAGACACAUCCUUACCAGGACUUCUGAGUUCCUCCACCCCCUCCCAUCCAUUGCACCCAUCUAGCCUGCCUGCAAUCCUGGAUGAACCCACCCUCACACUUUUCUGCUCCUAGGCAGCCAAGCAUUGCUGGGGAGAACCUGUCCACCAAGGACAAUGGUGCCAUUACAAAUACAUGGUUCCGAAUUCAUCUGUGUCCGUGUAUAAGUGGCCCUGCAAUACUACUGUAAACUCUACUCAAUCUAUAGUUGCUUUUUUGAUGUACGAUAGAUGAUAUUUUUAAUAGUCAAUUUUUUUCUAGCACUAUUUAAUGAUUUCUGAUGUUUCUUUCAUCAUGUUGAAAGAUCUUACAUAUGGUCUGUAAGGCUGUCUAACUUGUCAUUUAAAUAUACGAGCAAGCUUGGAUACUCUGUGCUUAAAACCUUCAGUGGCCUCCUUAUUGACUCUACUGAUUCUUACCCACCUGUUAGAAUAACUACCUGGGAAUUUUAAAAACCUGAAUCCUAGAUCCUUAUUACUAGAGACAUGAAUUCAGUAGGUCUGGAGGGAGGAAUGUUAGAAUCUGUAUUUUUCAAAGCUCCCAGAUGAUUUUGAGGAACCAUCAUGUUUUGGAAACACUGACCUGUAGGGUAAGUUCUAAGCUCCUUCAUGGCAUCAAGGCUCUUCAUUUGCUCUUGCUCCCUUUUCUGUCUCAUCUACCUUCCUCAUCGCUGCCUUCCUUGCUGUCUCUUCUCCAGCCAAUGUGAACUCAGAAUUCAUCUCUGCAUUCCUGCUAUACCCUGUCCCUGGAACAUCUUCUCACACCCUAUGCUUGCUCUCAAACUGAAGCACCAUCUCCUCUGUGAAUAAGCUAUCUCAGAACCCCCCAGGUUGCCCCAACCUCCUUUGAGCCUCUGCUGUAGAUUUUGGCAUCUGUCUCCUAUGAACCAAAAGGGAUGCCUGAGACAGAUCUCAAUCAAUUUAGAGGUUUAUUUUGCUAAGGUUGAGGAUGCAUCUGGUUGGGGAGGGAAAAAGAGACACAAGCCACAGUAGGAUCUGUGGCCUGCACUUUUUCCAAAGAGGGUUUUGAGGGUUUCAGUAUUUAAAGGGGGAAAACUGAGCUGGAGAGGAAGGAGAAAAGAAAAAAAGGAGAGUAGAAAAAAUGAGACAAACGGUUACUUUCUUGUGAGGCUUUGAUUAGUGUGCACUGAAUCCACAUGUUGCAUGUGCAAAGGGGAGGGUAGAGGAGCCCUCAAUUAUGUAUGCCUUGUGCGCAGUAAAUCUGCACUUUACAUAAGAUACAGUAAACAGAGUCGUGGAAGAAGUCCAGUAUGCAUUGGUCUGGGGGUGAGCAAUAGGACAAUUUCUAGUCUACUCUUGUUUCCAACUUGUGAAAAUAAGCUGUUAAUUUACAUUGUCCAGGUGAGGGAGACCACCUGGGGAGACAGCUGUUUAGAAACAAAAGGAAAGAUGGUUUUUGUUUGUGUGGCUCAGUUUCCAAGCUUAACUUCCCCUUUUGUUGUAGUGAGUUUGUGAUCCCAAGAUUUUAUUUGCCUUUUACAAUCACAUGGAAUGGCAUCCAUUUAUUUAGAAUUGUCUCUCUCCUGUCUCCUCGCCUGCUGGAGACUCUGAGCAGCUUUAUGUGCCUGUGCCUGGCAAAGCACCUGGCACCCACCAUCAUAUAGGAAAUACUCAAUAAAUGUCUGUUGUCCUGGAGUCCCAGGGGCCCAGAGGAGAGCGUUGUCUUGCUGGCAUUCUGCCCCAGGUUGUGCUCAGGCUGUUGCAUUGAGAGUCAGUUCUGCUGGCCUGGGACUGGUCUCUAAGUGUCUGCCAGAGUCUUGUUUAUAACUGACCCCCAGUAUGAGCAAUACAAUACACCCUGAUCCCCGCAGCUGUGCCCAAGACUGAAAGGCCACUUUGAAUCUGGAAGAAUCACAGAAAGAUCACUGCAAAUUGAUCCAGUGCCGAUCUAUAUUUCCUUCUAACCUACUGACAUCUGAUCUGAAGUGUAGAGGAGGACUCAUCAUGCUUAUUACUCAGUAAGACUAAUUCCAAAAUGUAAAAACAUAAGUAUUACUCUGCCAACUGUUUUAUAAAACUACAUGUAAGAUGACAUCAUCACAGCCUCAUGUAAACCAGAUGUUCUCCCGUUCUUUUAAGUCCCUCCCACUGAGAAACAUGACAUAGUAUUGAAGUGAAAUACCGUUUGUUCUAACUGUAAUGAAGCCUACCUCCAUUGAAGGCUCCUUUUCAUCCUUCCUUUGAGAUUCAAGCUGAUACCAGGGAUCACGCAUACCAUUUUAAAUGGAGCUUUAGCCUUAAAGAAAGUGCUGGGGGGGGAAGAAAAAAAAAGGAAAAAAAAAACUCUGAAAAGGCAGGGCUAGGAAAGCUACGUUCACUGGAGGGACUGUUAGGACGAAAAGUAUAACAAGGAAAAGAAAAAAAAAUGAGAACAUAACAAUGGGGUUUUAUCAUAGUGUUGAGAAACCACCGUUUCAAAGGUGAAAGUGUCCUUUUACAGUCUCAGCGAUGCCUGGCAGGAAGUGUGUUUGCUCUAAAUCCUAAUUUGGGCGUGUUCCUGUAGAAAUGUUGAACCUUCUCCUGAGGGAAACAGAAACUCAAUCAUGCAGGAAACUAGAUACUGAGAAAACAGUUGUAGCUCAGCGUGGCUACAAGUAACUGGUGUGGAAGCAGAGUGGAGAGAAAACUUGAGAGAGAGCCACGCUUCUCACUGCUCACAAUGAGAGGCCAAAGAUUAUCCUUGGACAUCCAGAUUUUCUACUGUGCCAGACCUGACGAAGAGCCUUUUGUGAAGAUCAUCACUGUUGAGGAGGCAAAGCGCAGGAAGAGCACGUGCAGCUACUAUGAAGACGAGGAUGAGGAGGUGCUGCCUGUCCUACGGCCCCACAGUGCGCUCCUGGAGAAUAUGCACAUCGAGCAGCUGGCCCGACGCCUUCCUGCAAGGGUGCAAGGGUAUCCAUGGAGACUGGCCUAUAGCACGUUAGAGCAUGGGACCAGCUUGAAGACGCUCUACCGGAAAUCGGCAUCGCUAGACAGUCCUGUCCUAUUGGUCAUCAAAGAUAUGGAUAAUCAGAUUUUUGGAGCAUAUGCAACUCAUCCUUUCAAGUUCAGUGACCACUAUUAUGGCACAGGCGAAACUUUUCUAUACACAUUCAGCCCACAUUUCAAGGUCUUUAAGUGGAGUGGAGAAAAUUCAUAUUUUAUCAAUGGAGACAUAAGUUCUUUAGAACUUGGUGGUGGAGGGGGACGAUUUGGUUUAUGGCUAGAUGCUGAUUUAUAUCAUGGACGAAGCAACUCUUGCAGCACUUUCAAUAAUGAUAUUCUUUCCAAAAAGGAAGACUUCAUAGUUCAGGAUCUGGAGGUGUGGGCAUUUGAGUGAAAUUCAGACUGCCUUAAAAUAUAACAUUGAAAAGACUGGGUUCGACCAGCCCUCCUAAAGCUGGCUGGAAAAAGAAGCCCCAGCCCAGGCUGCCUCAUCCCACCCCAAUGCUUCCUUUUUGCCAUCAUCUCAGAGCAUGAUCACAUUGCAGAAAGAUUCUGGAAGGUCCACGUGGAGGGCAGACAUUGAAGAAAGAAACUUAAAAUCCAGGUUGUUGAAAAGACUUUGUACUUCCACUUCCUUCAAAUCCAUACGGUGAGGAAUCAGAGUGUUUAUGGAUAUAUGAGUUGAAUGCAAUUUUUAUUUUUGGUAACUGUGAAAAAAAAGAUACUGUGGAUAUAUACAUGCCUUGUGUAUUUAUCAGCAUAAUUUUCAUUACCAAAAUGUACAGCUAUUAUUUGCCAUGGAAAAGGUUAGUCUCAUUUAGAAAAAUUGUAAGUGCACAGCACUUAAAGGGAAUAUAUGAAGUUUUUUUUUAAAAAAAAAAAACUUUUAUUUAUUAUUUGUAGUGUAUUGUCUGAAAUGUGUCAGCAGGUUUUUUUUCUUUUAAUGUGUCAAAUCUUGAAAUAUUAAAUGUAUACAUUUUGUGCUAUGUUUUGGGAACAAAUCUGUUUGAUUUAUAUAGUUUUAUAUUGAAUUUUUUUUUUGCCCUGAUUGUUUAGGGUGAUAGGUCUUAAGCAGCAUAUAUCUAUGUAUCUGUAUGUGGAUAUAUAAAGAUAUAUGUGUGUGUGUAUGUAUAUGUACAUAUACAUAUAUAUGAGUGUAUAAUUCUAAAUUUCUAAAAACUCAUUAUGAAUGUUCAUCAAUUUGACUAUUAUAGGCCAGCUUUCCAUUUAGUCAAUAAAAGCGUACAUUUUUAGUUACUUACCUUGAACAUAUUCGUGUGAAAAAGAAUACAUCAUUUCUCACAGUCUUAAGUUGAUAUUUAUAGAAAUGAAUACCUUUGUGAACCUAGACUUAGAACAAAUCCUGCUUUUGAAAAAAAAAAAGUUUUGCUUCUUAUAAAAUCAUGUGUGUUAAUAACAAAAACUUUAUUUUCGGAAUGUUCUUUGUAUAACUUUUCCAAGCUUUUACAUUAAUGAGCAGGCUUCUGUCUUAAAAGAGACUCAGUAUAUUAAUUUCUGCAUUUUUAAAAUCAAAUGAAAAACGUCAAAUUGGACCAAUUGUCUUGGUUUGUAGAUUCAUUUAUUUGAGGAAAAAAAUACAAAGAAAUGCAUUCAUAUCAAAAUUGGAAUAGAAAGGAAACCCUAUUUUUAAGAUAUCAACUUAUUUUCAUAUCAUAAAACAUCUAUUACAUAAAAUAAAGGGCCGGGCACGGUGGCUUUUGCCUGUAAUCUCAGACUGUGGGAGGCCGAGGCAGGUGGAUCACUCAAGGUCACAAGUUUGAGACCAGUCUGGCCAACAUGGUGAAACCCCGUCUCGUAGAAUACAAAAAUUAGCCGGGUGUGUGACGGGUGCCUGUAAUCCCAGCUACUUGGGAGGCUGAGGCAGGAGAAUUGCUUGAACCCGGGAGGUGGAGGUUGUAGUGAGCCAAGAUCGUGCCACUGCACUCUAUCCUGGGUGACAGCAAGACUCUGUCUCAAAAAUCAUAACAAUAAUAAUAAUAAAGACCUAACCAAUAUUAUUGAUUACCAGACUUUUAUGAAAGCCAAAGACUGCUUGCUAGUAGGAAAAAAAUUCUAAUAAUAGCCAAAGCUGAAAAAUGGUCUGUCAUAAAUUAUUUCCCCGGUAAUUUUUGAAAGGAAAAAAUUUAUAACGAGUACUAUUUGCAUAUCCGCAUUUAAAAAAACAAUUCUUAGAAUAUUUCCUUUACAUUAUUCUCCUAGUUUAGACAAUUUGUAAAAGAGAACAAAUUGUCCAGUGGCCUCCUGUCAGAUCAACAAUUAUUAUACUCCUUACAUUCCAUGCAAAUGUAAAUGAAUGCUAGAAAAUUUUAAAUCUGUAGCCUGGGCGUACGUUUCACUCAAGCUCUCCUACUGAGACUCUUGACUAACAGCAUACUGGCAGUUUCACCUUAGCCUGCUCGCUAAAUAAUGUGUUGGUGUGAGAUAUCAGGAAUGUCUCAUGAUAUCACGUUUACCAUUUACACCAUCUGCAACCAUAUGCUAUUAAUAAAUAAAAUGGAAAAAAACAAAAUGGUCAUUUUGCAUAUACUUCACUCUGACCUAGUUUAGUCCAUGAUACUAUAAUUGUGAGAGCAUAUCCACAUGCUGUGUUCUCUAUGUAAAACAGUAUUGUCCAUUCAAAAAUGUGUGACCCUUCAUUUAUGGAUAUUGACUAUAUGUAAUGCAGUGCUAUCCCAAUAUUUUCAAUAAAGGAAUUUAUGCAUUCAAUGA